AUAUUCUCCUCCUUUUUCUUCUUUUAUCUCUUCCUCAGAGCUAUUAUUUUCUUGGAAAACCUACCUUGUUUCUUCCCAAUUCACCACUUUGUCUAUCGAAAUUUUCCCAUUAUCCAAACGUUAAUUCUUUCUUAAAUCGGACCCAGUUUCCCAUUUAUUCUUAGGCUCUUUUUGCAACGACUUUUUUGCCUGUUCCUCCGGGUCAUUUGGAUCUGAUAGCUCGUGAUUUUGUGGUGAUUUUGGUUUCAUUUAUGUUUCAUAUACUCUGUGAGAGUAUUUUUCGAACUGGGUUUUGUUGUUUUCUUGUGAUUGUUAUCUUAAUUAAUUAUUUAAUUGGAUUCCUCAAAACGUAAUUGAGCUGUUUCUUCUCCAUGUAUAAUAAUGUCUCAGCAGCAGCAAAACCCUCAUGAGGUUUUGCAAUCUCUGCAGCAACCAGAUUUCAAAUCCUUCUCAAUAAGACAAUAUGUUCUUGCUUAUCGUCAGAAAGAUGUCUUCCACAACUGGCCAUUUCCAGAAAAGUACUUGCAGAUGUGUCUAAUUCACGGUAUCAGUGAUGUCUUGCCACCAUUUCAACCCCACCAUUUAGCUAUUGAAUCUAUUAGAGGAGGCCUUAGGCAUUUGAAUUGUUCCCGACAAAGUAAAAAAAGUAUAGCUAGUCCCGUCCAUAGAAUUCAUCAAACUACUAUAGACCAGGAGGCUAUUUCAAAAGAGGAAUGCAAUUUGAGCAAGAAUGAUGAAACAGUAUCCAAUAUUUGCGGUGAUGUCAAAGACGAUCGCCAUCUAUCCCUUUCUAGCAAUACUUGUGAGCAUGAAGACAAUGAUAAUCCCCUCAGUUCUGAUGUUACUUCUAGUAUCAUAGUUUCUGAAAAUCAACCUUCUGCUGACAUGUCAGGAUUCCUCCUUCGUGAUCAUCGGUGCAAUGAGACAAUGAAUUUGACCAAGAGGCUGGGACUUAAGCGAAGAAGGCAUAAGGGAAAGCACAAGAAGAAAUCAGUUGUUGAUAUAUUAUCUGUGGCUAAGCCUUGUACAUACGAGGAUCGGUUAAAGAUGAACGAAUUGUAUUCUGGUUUGAGCAAGCCUCAUGAGCACAUGGUUGAAGAAAUUGAAGAGGUGACAGAUGUUGAGAAAUCUGAGCUAACGGAGGAUUGCUUAAAUAAUAAGCUUCACACAGGCAAUUGUGAAGGUGAUAUUGAUACGCUAAAUGGAAAAGGAUGGGUAGUGAAGUUCAAGUACAGUGGCUGCAGUUUAAAGUCCUGCAAUAUGGAUCCAGAAAAAGGAAAAACGAAUGCAUAACUAAUGUAACAAAGUCAGUGAAUCACUUCUAUUCUACAAAUUACAGAUUCCAGGUUGCAAUCAUCUGCAUUAUCAAUCUCCAAGUCAAAUUUAGCAUGAUCAAACACAUAACUCGAAAGAGAUGAUGGGGAGAGUAACUCAUACACGUUGGUUUGUGUGACACAGUCACGUUUUUCUAAUAGAAUCUGAUUUUCCAGCUUUUCUAAGUAGAUUUUGUUCUUAUAAUUCACAAUUCCUGGUUAGAGAAGGAUAGUAAGA